AUGUCCCCAGCGGCGACCCGUGCCGCGCUCCCGCGAGACGCUCACCUGCGACCCAGGUGAGCGCAGAGGGGGGCGGGGAAAGUGCUGGCCGGAGUCGGUUCACCUGGCGGGGCAGCCGUUCAUUGAGAAGUCCAGGAGAUUUUAAAGCCUAAGUUAGACCACAAAAAGAACUUUCUCUUUGGGGCAAGAAGAUCUCAACGUUUGCAAGGGUUUGCAGGAUGCUCCGUUCAUCCUCAUCACAGGCUUCCCAGAAGUCUAAAGCUCUUCAGGUCAGCCCAGGGGCUUCUCUCUGACCUCCUCCUGGCUUCUCCCCUGCAGGUGCCUGGCUGUAGCAAGCCAUGCUCUGAGCCAUGCCCAGGCCGGGACAGCCCCGCCCAUCAUCUGGGCCUCCGCGCUUGGGGCCCUGGGAGCGGCCUGCCGAGCUAUGCCUGGAAACCAAUGAUGAGCGCUCCCAGCCUCCUCCAGGCCGCCGCACCCGCAGGCCAGACCGCAAGGACCCCGGCCACCACGGGCCAGAGAGUAUCACCUUCAUUUCAGGCUCUGCCGAACCAGCCACCGAGCCCCCAACCUGCUGCUUCCUCUGGCGCCCCUGGGGGUGGGACUGGUGUAGAGCUGCCUUCUGCUUCCGACGCUGCAGGGAUUGCCUGCAGCGCUGUGGUGCUUGUGUGCGGGGCUGUAGCCCCUGUUUAUCUGCUGGGGACCCCACUGAAAGGUCUGCUGAAGCCACCUGGGCCAAGGAGCAUAACGGUGUGCCCCCCAGCCCGGACCGUCCACCCCCCAUCCGCCAAGAUGGCCAGCGGGUCAAGUCCAGCGUGGGCAGCAGCUUCAGCUAUCCCGACGUUAAACUCAAGGGCAUCCCGGUCUACCCCUAUCCCCAGGCCACCUCCCCAGUCCCUGACACGGACUCCUGCUGCAAGGAGCCCCUGGCGGAGCCUCCUCCCACGAGGCACAGCCUGCCUAGCACCUUCACCAGCAGCCCCCGCGGCUCCGAGGAGUACUACUCCUUCCAUGAAUCGGACCUGGACCUGCCUGAGAUGGGCAGUGGCUCCAUGUCGAGCCGGGAGAUUGAUGUGCUUAUUUUCAAGAAGCUGACAGAGCUGUUCAGCGUACACCAGAUUGACGAGCUGGCCAAGUGCACGUCGGACACCGUAUUCCUUGAGAAGACCAGCAAGAUCUCAGACCUAAUCAGCAGUAUCACACAGGACUACCACCUGGAUGAGCAAGACGCAGAGGGCCGCCUGGUGCGUGGCAUCAUCCGCAUCAGUACCCGCAAAAGCCGCUCCCGCCCCCAGACCUCGGAGGGGCGUUCUGCCCGUUCUACUGCCCCUGCUGCUGCCCCCGACAGUGGCCAUGAGACCAUGGUGGGCUCUGGCCUCAGCCAGGACGAACUGACAGUGCAGAUCUCCCAGGAGACUACUGCAGACGCCAUCGCCAGGAAGCUGAGGCCGUAUGGAACCCCAGGGUACCCAGCCAGCCAAGACUCCUCCUUCCAGGGCACGGACACAGACUCUUCAGGGGCACCCCUGCUGCAAGUGUACUGCUAACCACCACUGGCCCAGCAGUCACCCCUUUGGAAGAAGCACGGCCAGCGGAGGAGCAGCCAGGACCUCUGGGGAGGCCAUAUCCUGAGCCCAGAAGCAGUGGCCUUUCUGGCUUCUCUGCCUUCCCUAACUCAUCUCAGACCAUGUACAUUUCACAAGGCCAUGGUGCCCACAUCCUCCGCCUCUCCAGCUGGACUGACUACUGCCUGGGCCUGAAAGCAA